AAACGGUUGCGUCGUCUAUAGUACCGUGUGUGUACAUAUAUAUGUGUGUGUCAAUGGUUCGUUAUUAACGGUGCAGUGCGGCCUGAUACAUCAGAAGAUAAAUUAUGAUGGUCUGAUCACGGUUCCAACAUGACUGUGGAUUUCGCCGACUUCUUUUGGGGCGAAAAGAAUAAUGGAUUUGACGUGUUAUAUCAUAACAUGAAGCAUGGUGUGGUCGCGAGUAAGGAGUUGGCUGAGUUUUUAAAAGAACGAUCAGCCAUAGAAGAAAACAAUUACAAGCUUCUGAGUAAAGUAGCCAAGCAGGUUGGCAAUAGUAGUAGUACCCAAGGAACAUUUGCACCUGUUUGGGCUGCUCUAAGGGGUGCAGCAGAAAAACUUGCAGGCUUGCACUUGCAGAUGGCCCAAAGGGUCACUGAACUAAUAAAAGAUGUAUCAAAAUAUGCAGAUGAACUGCACAAAAAGCACAAGGCUGUAAAAGAAGAAGAAUCGUCCACUUUGGAAGUUGUACAAAGUAUACAAAGCAUUACAGUGACUUUGCAAAAGGCGAAAGAUAUGCGUAUGCAAAAGGGUCUUGAAUUGGAAAAGCUAAAGAAAGAUAAUGCCAGUCAAAAAGAAUUAGAAAAAGCAGAGAUUAAGUUCAAAAAAGCACAGGACGAUUAUAAAACAUUGGUGGACAAAUACAUGGUUAUAAGAAACGAUUUUCAGACCAAAAUGACUCAGGCUUGCAGACGAUUCCAAGAUGUAGAGGAGACACACUUGAAACACAUGAAGGAGUUUUUAAAUAUCUAUGCAGAUGUCUUGCAAACUAAUCACGAACAAGUUGGCCAGGUCCAUAUCGAUUUUAAACGUCAGUGUCUGGACAUGACGGUGGACAAGUUAUUAGAACAAUUUGUUCAAAGCAAAUACACAGGUUUCGAGAAGCCAGAUAUAAUCGAAUACGAAGAAGUUAUGACAAGUAUAGGAGACACAACCAGUCAUUCGCAAUCGGAUAGCAAUGUUGAGACACCUAAGGAAACAUCAAAAGGAGCCAAUGGAGAAACAGGAGUCGCUGGUAACACUCACAGUUCAAAAAAAGAUCAGGGAUUAAAAGGGGAGGGUAAUCGGGUGGAUGAGGAAAAGGGUAGGGUACAAGAAAAAGAAAACGAAAGACUGAAUGAAAGGGAUAGAGAACUGUCACAUGCACAAGCCACCAAGGCUUCCCGCCGUACUACCUCGCUACUCAACCUGUUCAUGUCCAACUCCCAGGACAAACAGAAGCAAGCAGGGUCUGGUUCGGCACCUGCAACUCCUCAGGGGAACAACCUGCCUCCUGCUGUUCCACCUCCCAGCAUCUCCAGGAACCCUCUCAGAGGAUCUAAAUGGUUUCUUCGCAGCAGGAGAGAGAAGCGAAAGGAAAAGAAAGCGAAGAAGAAGAAGGAUAUCGUGGAGACGAGCAGCAACAAAGAAGAAAAGUCUGACCUGGAGGACAAGGAGGACAGCCGAAAGUCCGAGACGCCUACACCGGAAGUGGACGAGGAUGGUUUCUGUAUCCGACCGAAAUCAGAUCCGUGGGAGAACGAGAAGGGAUUCUAUUCCAGCUCGGAUACCGAUUCCGAGGACGAGAGGGAAAGAAAGAUCAGGGUGGAGAUAAAACCUCUAAGCAACGGCGGGGCGCCCAUGAGCGCUAGCGUGGACGAGCUUAGGGCAACGGUGGAGAAUUUGUCAUUGUCGCCUGCUCCGACGGGACGUAGAGGAUCGAACACCGACUCAGAUCACCAUAUGAAAAGGUCUCAGUCAGUGUCACAGCAACUAGGAGGUAAGCCAAGCUCAGAUUUACUUGGCCUAAACUUGUUCAAUCCCAGCAGUACGCCAUCGAGCGCCUCGACGCCGACCGGCAGUCAUCCGUACGCACCACUGCAAAGUCCUCCGCCACUGUCAUCGUCGCCGACGCCGCAACCGCAGCCACCGCAAUCCGCGCCACCUACACACCCUCAUUCACGGUUCCCCGAUGGCGAUUUGUUCUCGGAAGUGGGAGACAUCACUCCGGCCUUACCCCCGAAACAGUCCGCGUCUUCCACACCGACCGGAUCUAUUAUCAUUCCGAGACCGCCGUCUCGAAGAGGGGAGGGCCCUUCGCCAAGGGGCAGAAUGUCACCGGCGACGAUAUCCAGAGCGGACAGCGUGGCCAGUCUGGAGUUCCGCACCGCGGGCGUGGGCGUCGGUUCGUCCAGGGGCCCUUCACCGUUGACAAUCGGAUUGGCUGAUACUAUACCACUGGCAGUUGCAUUCCAUGAGAUAGUACACUCUUAUUUUCGCGGGACCGACGAGACACGAUGCCAGGUGAAGCUCAGUGGCGACAUGAUGCUGUCGUUCCCCGCCGGUAUCGUCGCCGUAUUGGCGAACAAUCCCAGUCCCGCGAAGCUUGCCUUUCGUGUGAGAAACAGCAACAGAUUAGAGAAAUGGUUUCCCAAUAAUCAGCUCGUCAGCAUGGACGCCACGCAGACAACGGUCGACAGUACAAUUUUCGAAUUCAAUAUGAGUGCCUUAACCACAUUGUUACGCAAACAGGCUGAACAGAAUCCCUCGGCUUCCUAUUUUAACGUCGACAUACUCAAGUAUCAAAUAAAAUGCAAGGAGGGCGCGGGUUCUUGCCCCUUCCAGUUGGUGGCGUACUGGAAGUGCGAAACGACUCACACGGAUCUGAAGAUCGAUUAUAAAUACAACAGUCGCGCUAUGGCUUCUCCGAGUCUAUUGUGGAAGUUCACGGAAUUGUCACAGCACAGCGAGGGUAACGGCGUGGGCUCUUUGAAGGCGCGAGUCGAACUCGCACACGGGCCAGGGAACCAGGGAACGAUAUUCACUCAGUUCAAUUGCGAAGGGACCACAUUGUCCGGGGUCGAGUUCGAACUUCUGGGCCCGGGCUAUAGAUUAAGUUUAGUCAAGCGCAGAUUCGUUUCCGGAAAGUAUAUAUGUGACGGAGAUUCCGACUCAAGAAGCAGAUACGCCGCACCUCCAUCGAAUGUAGAUUGACGACUUCCAGAAUGGGCGCCUCAAUGGGAGAGUCAGCCCAUUUAAUAUUGGUACUUGCUUGUUCAUUCACUGCCCAUACCACGACUAAUGUCCGUUCGAACACGAAAUCGGCGUGGGGAAGCCUGUUGGAUACCAAAGAACGACUUGCGAUACGAUAACGGUUGUCUAGCAGAUAAAUUAUUUAUACCGUAAGCCACAGGCUACGCGACGUCGAACCACGCAGGAUGUUAAUUUGUUUCUACGCGGAUUCGGAGCGUGUAUAGAGUCACGAUCUAGGACAAUGGGAAAACUCGAAGAUAUUCGGAAACGCAGUCGGACUUUGCAAGUCACUCGCUACCUGCUGAUGAGAACGGCGUUCUAAUAUGUGUUUUAUAACUUGUAUAUUUUGCAAUUUUCUAUAAUGUGUCCUCGAUUAGAUUGUACUAUUUUUUUAGUAAAGUUUGUACGACGUGCGUAACAGGUGGUUCAAACGACGAGAUGACGGGUGGAUAGAUUCGGCGUGGAAAACCGUCGGUGAAGCAAAUAUAAGAAGCAGUUGUUCGCAUGAAAGCCUUUGGUAUCCAGCAUAUUUUUCACCACGAUGUUCUCGCCAUAUUAUUGUGUCUAUAAUAAUCAAAAUACGUUACGACUUUUUUUACGUACAAGAAAAAAAAUACGAUGGAAAGAAAGAUAGAGAUGGAAGAAUCUCUCUCUCUCUCUUUCUCUCUCUGACUCUCUCUAAAAAAACCAUCAAACAGUACAACAUCUUUAAUCUAUUGUUAUAACUUGUGUUAUUUUAAUAUAGUUAUUGUAUUAGUAUCGUAUCGUUAAGAGCUUAUCCGGAGAAGAAAUGUAAAGGAUCUGUAAACGCCAAUUUCGAUUACUUCUGUAAAUUUAGCAUUUAUAUUUCAUACGAACGGGGGUCGAUUUAACAAUCGCUUGUUGUAAACCUCUUUGUCACAGUGUCCGCACUGUGUAACCCCGAGCAGUUAUUUCGUAUGCUCGCGAAAUUCAAAUAUUGUAUAUGUAUAGGUACAUGGCGUACGCGAAAACGAUCGCGCGAAAUUGAUCGUUGUCGAACAAAGAAAGAAAGGAAAGCCGUUGAAUCGAAUCGUUUUGUGAUAAUUCGUUGAAUUCACUACGCAGCGGUCUCUGCGUACUCUCUCUGUAACAUAAAUCGAACGCGUAGGUUCCGCUUUUUCUCCAAAUUCGAAAAAAAUAGCUAAAAAAAGGUAGGCUCCGGUAUGAAGAGGGAACGUGAUAAAAAAAAACGAUUAUUCUUCCUCGAAAUUCAGCGACAGCAAAAUUAUUCUAUCGAGAGAAAGGAAGAAAAUAAAAAUAAACGAGGCGAGAUAUUUUAGCGUUGUAAUGAUCGGGAAGCUUUCACUAGUUCGCGAUCUAUAGUUUUCUUGUCGUUUUAAAGUCUUCUAACCGUCACACAACGACGAUGCUCGUUUCGUCAUUCUCGUGUUCGCGGAUUAAUCCAGUAUUGUCUCUUGCUACACUUAAACUUAGAGCGUAACUAUUUCGAACUAACACUUCGCUCGGUUCACUUUUUAAGAAAAACUGUACUAUCUUCGAGGACGUUGACUCAGUCUUCUCAAGCCCUUCGCCGAAACCAGUAAUCGUAAUCUUCUAUCUGAUUAUGUUUCUUUUUUCGUUCUCCCCCCUUCAUCAUUCUUCAUUCUUUAGUGUUCUCUUUGCCACAACGUCUACGAAUCGAACGCUAGAGGCAGGCCAUUUUGUUCAAGUCACAUAUGCAUACAUACUGACUCGUGUGUGUAUGUGUAUUGGCGCGCGCGUGUAUAUGUAUACAUGUAUAAUAUGAGAGACGAAGUUAACAACUCUAUAAGAAUAAGUCUGAAAACGAAACUCGAUUAUUAUUACUAUUAUUAUUAUUAUUAUUAUAACACAAUAGUCCCGCACACACGAUGCUUCCUUCUGUGCAGACGUAGUGUAAUGGGCAACAAGUCGACAGAAAUGCACCCGUACAUACUCGUGCAUAGUUCGAUCUGUGAUUUCUCCUUUUUUUAACAUUCUUUGAAACAAAUUCAAAAGGCAAUUGUUUUUUUUUUAAUUAUAUUUAAGAUCGAAUACCAAUCCGUUCGCUAGUGUAUUUUAAUAAUACAUUAUAGAACCUGUUGCAGGUUUCACGAACAAUAUUAUUAUUAUUAUUCUAUUGUAAAGUCUUUUAACGAGGGACACCCCAACUUCUGUCCUCGAUCUGUACACGAGUACUUGCGGCGCUUGUUCCGAGGUGAAGCAUUUAUCCCGAGGUUCGAAAAGUGCAUUAUCCUUCUCGAUCCUAACGAAUAGUUCGUAGAGACCGCGGAUUGCUCACGAUCUACGGUAUACACGCGACGAUGUGAAAAAGAAAACCAGCGGCAAUCUCCUGUUGUAGAAAAUCAUAAUUUCGUGGGAUUGAUUUCCAGCACACGAUGAUUUUCACGUUUCCACAGAAAGAUGAUGGAACAAAACACGUUUUGUUGUCGUUCCGUGUCGCGUUCUUGCAAUGCUCCCGGCGCCUAUGUAUAUAUUUUACGAACUUUACAUAUUUUCGUUUUUUGCCUUUUUUAUUACUAUACUCUUGUUAAGAGGAACACGAAUAAUACGAAGGUCUACGAAGAGCAAUAUAGAAAUAAAAAAGGGGAUCAUCCUCGAACGAUAAAAGAUGAUCACGGAAAUUUUGGCGACCACUCCAUUCGACGUUGCUAAUCAAGCUACUCUUCUCGACACGAUCGAGCCAGAAAGAAACAUUAACGCCGAGAGAGGUGUGUGCGGUGUAGUACCGGUUUCUUUACGGUGACACGCGGUUCGAUUGAAUUUACAAUUGCAAUAUCGAUGCUAUCCGAAGCGAAUACGAGAUCUCUGGUAAAUGUAUGCGAGGCGGGACACAGAGAGUUAAAAAGAACAAAAAGAGAUAUAUACAUAUAUAAAGAACGAGAGACGACUAAUAUGGAGUGGUUCCUGGAUGAUGAUAAUGAAAAACAAACAAAAGAAAAUAUCGACUGAGCUCUCCUGUGAUACGCAGAUGUCACUAUAAUUUCGUAAUAAACGUUUGUAACGAAACAUAAAUAAUGUUAUAAAUGGGUCGCGUUCACUUUUACUUCCCGACUGAGAUCCCGCUUAAGAUCAACGUGAGGGUGGGCGGUCCCGUGCGACGACACGUCAUACCCCCCGUGGCUUUUUAUUCACGACACAAAAAAAAACCGUGCGUUUAUUCGUCCAGCGUGCGUUUUCGAUUCCUAUGCGUAACACACAUUGUAUGUAUAUACGCUGCCGACAGAGAGGAACAUAGAAGUAAUUUAAUGCGGUUUCGCUUUUCACACGUGUACGGUCGCGCAAUAACGACGGAAAGUCCGACACCUCACAGAAAAAUCACACACACACAGAGAAACAUACACACGCGCUAUGACUAUCGAUACGAACUGACUAUCCGUUGUAAAAUGUUCAUCAGGUACCCGAGAAAAUUGUAAAGAUUACAUAAAAGCGUUCACGAAGAAGGUCCAAAAUCGGUUCUAAUACGACCGCAUAAAAUUGCGUAAAAUCGAAUACAGAUGCC